AAUAAAAAUUGAAAUACCCGAAAAAACAGAAACUAAUAAUCCGGGUAGGUCAAAAUGGCAGGGGGGCCCGCAUAUGAUUACGGUUUCUGAUUUGAUAAAUUAUUUCUUUUCUUCCUCCAACAAGUCUUAACCGUCAAUUCCAUUUCCAACGGUCCUCCUAAACCCCUCCGCCACCACCGGAAUCCCAAAACGACACCGUCACUGAUGGGCAUGGACUACUACAACAUACUCAAAGUGAAUCGCAACGCCAGCGACGACGAUUUGAAGAAGGCUUACAAGAGACUCGCGCGUAUAUGGCACCCCGACAAGAAUCCCGUCAACAACACCGAAGCGGAGGCCAAAUUCAAACGAAUCUCCGAAGCCUACGACGUUCUCAGCGACCCGCAGAAGCGCCAGAUCUACGAUCUCUACGGCGAAGAGGCACUCAAAUCUGGGCAGUUUCCGCCGCCGCACUCCUCCUCCUCCUCGUCGUCCUCGCGCGCCUUCCACCACCGUCAGAACAACAACAACAACAACAACAACAAAAACAACAGCAACCCUCCCCCGGCCGCCUCGUCGUUCCGAUUCAACCCGCGCGAUGCCGACGACAUCUACGCCGAGUUUUUCGGCCCGGAGGACAUCGGCGCCGGCGGCCCCGACGCCUUCUUCCGGACCUCCAACGGCGGUGGCGCGUUCGGCGCCUCCGCUGCGGCGGGACGGAAGGCUGCCGCGGUGGAGAACGCGCUCCCGUGCAGCUUGGAGGACCUCUACAAAGGCGUCAAGAAGAAGAUGAAGAUUUCCAGGAACGUCUACGAUGCCUUUGGCAAAUGUCGGAACAUGGAGGAGAUUUUGACUAUUGAGAUAAAACCUGGCUGGAAGAAAGGAACAAAGAUUACCUUCCCAGAGAAAGGUAACCAUGAGCCUGGUGUCAUCCCAGCAGAUCUUAUUUUUGUGAUAGAUGAGAAACCGCAUGCUCUUUAUAGAAGGGAUGGUAAUGAUUUGGUGAUCAACCAAGAGAUAACCCUUCUUGAGGCCCUUACUGGUAAAACAUUGGAUCUCACCACCUUGGACGGAAGGAGUCUCAUGAUCCCAUUGACAGAUAUUGUCAGACCUGGUGCUGAGGUUGUUGUCCCUAAUGAAGGAAUGCCUAUAUCAAAAGAGCCUGGGAGGAAGGGGAAUUUGAGAAUUAAGCUCGACGUCAAGUAUCCUUCAAGGCUAACUCCAGAGCAGAAGUCUGAUCUGAGAAGAGUUUUAGGUGGAAUCUCAUAAAUAUUUAAGUUUGCUAUUUGGUAUCACUGGUGAAUGCACAUUGUAAAUAUAUCAUGUGCAUACUGCUGAUGCAUAUGUGAAUAACAGGAAUACUCUCCACGGGUGAAACUGAGUAUAAAAGGCUAACAUACGAUGAGCCCAUGUCUUGCCAUUUGGACUUUUUUGCAGGGUAGGAAACACAAACGACUGUUUGGAAAUGAGUGGAAGCGUCAAGCUUAGUGAAACAGAUAGUUAGGUAAUUCAGCUGAGUUUCCAUCAUUUUGCAUCAACUUGUUUUGCCUUUUGGUUGGAGUCGUGAAGAUUACUAGUCUCGAUAUCACAAUGAGUCAUGCUCAUACCAUGAAAAUUGUAUAUAUUGAUUGUUAUUUUAUUGGAGGUUCCUUUAUUUAUAUGCUGUUCUUUUAAAAUUUGAAGUACGACAUGGAAUCGUGAUCUAUGCUUUUAUUACAACCUCGUAUAUUCUGCCAUUAAAAUUUGAUGUAUACUGAGGCAAAGUUUUCUUUUAAGUUUUCUUUAUUGAUCAACUCUAGUGCAUGUAUUUUAAAAUGC